AAAUAAAUUGAAGUAUUAAUAAUUAAAAAUAAAGAAGGCCAGUUUGAGGCUACAGUCAUAAUAAUGUCGUCAGUGAAGGUUGCUGUUCGGGUUCGCCCUUUCAAUAUGAGGGAGAUCAAUCGCGAGGCUCAUUGUAUCAUCGAUAUGAACGGAAAUACAACUUCAAUAGUAAAUCCUAAGGGGCUUCCCGGGACUAAGGAUGCCAUUAAAAGUUUUAAUUAUGAUUAUUCUUACUUUUCUAUGGACCCAAAUAACAAAAAUUACUCCUCUCAAAUUAUGGUCUACAAGGAUAUUGGUGAAGAAAUGUUGGAACAUGCAUUCGAAGGUUACAAUGUUUGUAUAUUUGCAUACGGUCAAACUGGAGCUGGAAAAUCUUAUACUAUGAUGGGUAAACAGGAAGAAGGGCAGGAAGGUAUUAUUCCUCAGAUUUGUAAGGAUCUUUUUAGUAGAAUUAGCGAUAGUUCAAACAAGGAAAUGAAACAUUCGGUUGAGGUUAGUUACAUGGAGAUAUACUGUGAACGCGUCCGAGAUCUUCUUAAUCCAAAAAAUAAAGGAAACCUUCGAGUUCGGGAACAUCCUUUAUUAGGUCCAUAUGUUGAGGAUCUUUCUAAACUUGCUGUUAUGUCCUAUGAAGAUAUUCAUGAUCUCAUUGAUGAGGGUAAUAAGGCAAGAACCGUGGCAGCAACAAACAUGAACGAGACAUCAAGUAGGUCCCAUGCAGUUUUCACAAUAUUUUUCACACAACAGAGGCAAGAUAAUUCGACAGGACUCAUUACGGAGAAGGUGAGCAAAAUUUCACUUGUUGAUUUGGCUGGUUCUGAACGCGCAGAUUCUACAGGAGCCAAAGGUACAAGACUUAAAGAAGGAGCAAACAUUAACAAAAGUUUGACAACAUUGGGGAAGGUUAUCAGCGCCCUUGCUGAAAUCGCUUCCAAAGAUAAAAAGAAAAAGAAAGCAGAUUUUAUUCCUUAUCGAGAUUCGGUUUUAACAUGGCUCCUACGUGAAAAUUUGGGUGGAAAUUCAAAAACAGCUAUGAUUGCAGCUGUUAGUCCUGCAGAUAUUAAUUAUGAUGAAACUCUUUCAACUUUAAGAUACGCGGAUAGAGCAAAACAAAUUGUUUGCAAAGCAGUGGUCAACGAGGAUGCAAAUGCAAAGAUCAUUCGUGAGCUGAAAGAAGAAAUCCAGAAAUUACGCGAACUUCUAAAACAAGAAGGAAUUGAUUAUCAAGAAGGAGACGUUUCUUCUUUUAUACGAAAUGUAAAACGAGAGGAUGAUCAAAAGGAAUUACGGCAAAGAAUUCCUUCUCAUCAAACGUCAACUUUAGCCGAAGAAGCUGUCGAACAAUUACAAGCCUCAGAAAAACUUAUAGCAGAAUUAAAUGAGACGUGGGAAGAAAAGCUGAAACGUACCGAAGCGAUUCGUUUACAGCGGGAGGCAGUCUUCGCUGAAAUGGGUGUAGCUGUGAAAGAAGAUGGUGUUACUGUUGGAGUUUUUUCACCAAAGAAGACACCACAUUUGGUUAAUUUGAAUGAGGAUCCACUCAUGUCAGAGUGUUUAAUUUAUUAUAUUAAAGAUGGAUUUACAAGAAUCGGUAGUGCUGAAGCAAACAUUCCACAAGAUAUUCAGUUAUGUGGCCCUUAUAUUCUAAGUGAGCAUUGUGUAUUUGAAAAUCAUGAGAGCCUUAUUACUCUUAUACCGAAAAAGGGUGCUCUAAUAUAUGUGAACGGUCGGGUUGUUAUUGAACCGUUACUGCUUAAGACUGGUUCUCGAGUUAUACUUGGAAAAAAUCAUGUUUUCAGGUUUAAUCACCCUGACCAAGUUAGGGAAAGAAGAGAGAAAAAUUCUCCAGCUGAAACUCCUGGUAAUGGUGAAACGGUCGAUUGGAAUUUUGCGCAAAUUGAACUUCUUGAGAAACAAGGUAUCGACUUAAAAGCAGAAAUGGAUAAACGUCUAUUGGUUCUAGAAGAACAGUUUCGUAAGGAAAAGGAAGAAGCAGAUCAACUUUUUGAAGAACAGAGAAAAAAUUAUGAAGCUCGAAUAGACGCCUUACAAAAACAAGUAGAAGAACAAAGUAUGACAAUGUCAAUGUAUAGCAGCUACACUCCUGAAGAUUUUAAUAAUAUUGAAGAAGACAUUUUUGUCAAUCCAUUAUUUGACGCAGAGAGCAACUGGGGUGAACGCGAAUUUCACUUGGCUAGUUGGGCGUUUCGUAAGUGGAAGUAUCAUCAGUUUACCAGCCUAAGAGAUGAUCUUUGGGGUAAUGCCAUCUUUCUUAAAGAGGCUAAUGCUAUUUCCGUAGAACUUAAGAAAAGAGUUCAAUUUCAAUUCACAUUACUCACGGACACAUUAUAUUCACCGUUACCUCCGGACCUUUUACCUGCUUUUGAUGAUGAAGAAGAAGAAGACAGACCAUUUUCUCGUACGAUUGUUGCUGUUGAAGUUCAGGAUCUUAAAAACGGUGCAACGCAUUAUUGGACACUUGAUAAACUUAGACAAAGGUUAGAGCUGAUGCGAGAAAUGUAUCAUAACGAAGCAGAAUUAUCACCUACUUCACCAGACUAUAACAUUGAAAAUAUCACUGGUGGUGAUCCAUUUUAUGAUCGAUUUCCAUGGUUCCGCAUGAUUGGAAGAUCGUUCGUGUAUUUAAGCAAUUUAUUAUAUCCAGUAUCAUUAAUUCAUAAAAUUGCUAUUGUAAAUGAGAAAGGGGAUGUAAAAGGUUACCUUCGAGUUGCAGUACAGGCCGUUGUUGAAGAAGAAAACAGUGAAUACUCGAGUGGUGUUAGGCAGUCAGCUCGAAUUUCCUUUGAAGAUGAUCUCUUUAGUACACAACGUCAAAAUCGUCGUAAUACUUUACUUGCCCAAACUCUUGAAAAGAAUCAACAAAUCAUGAUGCAAGAAGAACGUGUUGUUGAUGGUCAAAACGAUGGAAAAGAAGUUAAAAUAGAGAACAUUAAGGAAUGUAAAGAAUUGAAAGAGGAUGAUGAAGUAGGUGAUGCUGAUAGCGGUAGAGGCGAUAGUUCAGUGUCUAGCGAUAUGAAGGAAGAGGAGCUACCUGAGUAUCUGCAGUCUGGUGUCGAAUUUACCUUUAGAGUUACUGUGUUACAGGCUAUGGGAAUUGCUACUGAAUAUGCUGACAUUUUCUGUCAAUUCAAUUUUUUGCAUCGACACGAUGAAGCUUUUUCAACAGAGCCUGUCAAAAAUACAGGGAAAGGAAAUCCUCCUGGUUUUUAUCACGUACAAAAUAUAACAGUUACAGUUACCAAAUCAUUUAUAGAAUAUCUGAAGACACAGCCAAUAGUUUUCGAGGUAUUUGGUCAUUAUCAGCAACAUCCACUACAUAAGGAUGCUAAACUUGAAUACGUACGACAGCCACCAAAGCGCAUGCUGCCGCCUUCCAUCCCUAUCAGUCAACCAGUGCGAUCACCGAAGUUCAACAGUGUCCUUCCAUCCCCUAGUACAUCCCACGUUCAUGCCAAGUAUGACGUGCUCGUCUGGUUUGAAAUUUGCGAAUUGGCACCUAACGGCGAGUACGUAUCUUCAGUUGUUGAUCAUAGCGAUGAUUUGCCGUGUCGUGGUCUUUUUUUGUUACACCAAGGCAUUCAGCGCCGUAUACGUAUUACGAUUGUACACGAGAAAGCUCCGGAAUUACAUUGGAAAGAUGUGAGAGAACUUGUUGUUGGGAGAAUUAGAAAUACACCUGAACCUGAAGAAGAAGACAACGACUCAUCGGUUUUAUCACUCGGUCUCUUUCCUGGUGAAUAUCUUGAAGUGCCAGGAGAUGACCGAUGUAUGUAUAGAUUUGAAGCUGCCUGGGAUAGCUCACUACAUAAUUCUACGCUACUCAAUAGAGUCACAUCAUAUGGAGAGCAAAUAUUUAUGACCAUUUCAGCUUAUUUAGAAUUGGAAAAUUGUGGAAGACCAGCCAUAAUCACUAAAGACUUGAGUAUGAUAAUUUACGGGCGAGAUGCAAGAGUUGGACCUCGAUCUUUGAAACAUUUAUUUAGCGGAAGCUAUCGUAAUCAAGAAGCAAAUAGACUCAGCGGCAUAUAUGAACUUGUGCUUCGUCGUUCUUCUGAAGCAGGUGUGCAAAGACGUCAACGUCGAGUAUUAGAUACAAGUUCUACCUACGUAAGAGGCGAGGAAAACCUUGAUGGUUGGAGACCUCGUGGUGAUAGUCUUAUUUUUGAUCAUCAGUGGGAACUUGAAAAACUUACGAGGCUUGAAGAAGUCGAACGAGUUAGACAUACUCUUCUUCUACGUGAAAAAUUAGGAAUUGAUAAGAAUACUUUUUGCAAUAAGGCACUUCAUGAUUUUACAAAGAGUGAAAAGGAGGUCUGUAACAUGGUAGCAAAGGCCACAAAUGAAUCACAUGCCAGCUCUGUGAAGUUAAAAAAAUCUAUUAGCAAGGACGUGUAUGAAUCAUGGGAGAUGAAUAAUCGUGAGAAAGAAAUAGCAAACAAAUAUGUGAAGCUUAUUCAAGGCAGAAUACCUAGUAAAGAGCCGAUUGUUUUGUCGGAUGUUUCUCCAGGCGAGGAUACAAUCACUGAUUUGACGACAUCCAUAAUAUCUUCCGUAGUAUCAUCGUCAUCUCAAGAGUUGAGUUCACCUGAGCGCGCAAGACUGCAGGAUAUUCAGGACAGCAUUUUGAUUGGUGAAUCAAUGAACCACAGUAGUUCAAUGGCUCCAGCGCCGCUCGGCUCUACCUCGCCUUUAAAAGAGAGUCUCGUGCUUUACGUUCCAGAGGUCGAAGAGAUACGCAUCAGUCCCGUAAUUGCGAGAAAGGGAUAUCUUAACAUUCUCGAGCAUAAGACUAAUGGUUGGAAAAAGCGUUGGGUGUCUGUUCGUAGACCGUACGUUUUUAUUUUUCGCGAUGAAAAAGAUCCUGUGGAACGAGGGUUAAUAAACCUUGCAACUGCACAAGUAGAAUACUCGGAAGACCAGAUCGCGAUGGUGAAAGUACCUAAUACUUUUAGUGUUGUAACAAAACAUCGAGGAUACCUUCUUCAGACAUUAGGAGACAAAGAAGUUUUUGAUUGGCUUUACGCCAUUAAUCCUUUAUUGGCAGGUCAAAUCAGGUCCAAACUAGCCCGUAAAGGGCCAGGUAACAAUGUUCUACCCAAUUUGGUACCGACUAUAUCAGCAGUCGGCAAUAGUACAACAGAAACUCAUGGUCAAGCCAAGUGAGUGAUGGAUUCAUUGGCUGAGAUGAUUGGCGUUGUCGCUAAGGCUUCAAAAAUCGUCCUGGAUCAUUCUAAUUCCACUCUUGAGACACAAGAUUUAUGUAGUUUGAAUUUUCCAAUUGUUUUUGAAUAAGAAAUAUUAAGAAUAUUACGAAAUAUUGAUAACAUUUCAAGAGGAUUUUGUUAGUCACGCGGCGUUUCAUCGAAACGUUACCACAGUAGAGAACUUUUGAUUGAAUGUGAAAAAUAGACUAAUUCAAACCAAGAUAUAU